UGCCCGUCUCCUAGGCCACUAAGCCCCUUCUGUCCCCUAGAGUGAGGCAAGGGGGACUGCAGAGCAGAGCAGAAGCCUGAGCCAGACCGAGAGCCACCUCUUCUCCCAGGGACAAGCAUGGCCUGGAAGACAACGUGGCUACUGUUCCUUGUGGUAGGGGCGGCUGCCGUAUGGACAGCCCGGCCCAGGACUGAGCUUCUCAAUGUCUGCAUGAAUGCCAAGCACCAUAAGGAAAAGCCAGGUCCCGAGGACAAGCUACAUGAGCAGUGCAGUCCCUGGAAGAAGAACGCCUGCUGCUCCGUUAACACCAGCCGAGAAGCCCAUAAGGAUAUUUCCUACCUGUACAGAUUCAACUGGGAUCACUGUGGCAAGAUGGAGCCCGCCUGCAAGCGCCACUUUAUUCAGGACACCUGCCUCUAUGAGUGCUCACCUAACCUGGGGCCCUGGAUCCAGGAGGUGAACCAGAGCUGGCGCAAAGAGCGGGUCCUGAACGUGCCCCUCUGCAAAGAGGACUGUCAGAUCUGGUGGGAAGACUGCCGCACCUCCUACACCUGCAAGACCAACUGGCACAAGGGCUGGAACUGGACCUCAGGGUAUAACCAGUGCCCAGUGAGAGCUGCCUGCCACCGCUUUGACUUCUACUUCCCCACGCCUGCUGCUCUGUGCAAUGAAAUCUGGAGUCACUCCUACAAAGUCAGCAACUAUGGCCGGGGCAGCGGCCGCUGCAUCCAGAUGUGGUUCGACCCGGCCCAGGGCAACCCCAACGAGGAGGUGGCGAGGCUCUAUGCUGAGACCAUGAGUGGGGCUGGGCUCCGUGAGGCCUGGCCUCUGCGUUUCGGCCUGGUCCUAAUGUUGCUCUGGCUGCUCAACUGAGCUCCUUUUAUUUUCUGAUACCUGGACAUCCCUGCCCUGUUAAGACCCACAGCUCCCAAUUAGUCAGUUUCUGUUCCUUGGUGGGAACUCUGACUGAAUAAAACCAGACACCCCACGUGUAAGUUA